AUGGAAGAUGGUGAGAGGGAGAGAUUGAGGUUUUCUGAAGGAAGAAAUGAUUGGGGUAGUGAUUCUGAGGGUUCUUUGGAGGACCUAGUUGAUGAUGAACUUUGCUACUCGUCUGGUGACAUCCCCAAAUUGCAAUUCAGGAAAGAUGUGUUGAAGGCACGGUGGAUCGAGGAGUUGGGAAUGGCCGAGGUGUUGGAGAGAAAGGGUAAAAUGUGGACCACAACUGGGAUAGUUCGUGAUGGCAAACUGUAUUGCUCCAUCGAAGAGACUUUGUUUCUAGCUGAAAUUGGAGCUUUGCAUAUCUUGCAUGGCGAUGAUACAUACCUUUCCUUAAAAGAUUUAUACGAAAAAGUCGCAAAAGGUACAGAUGGACAUGGAUGCUCUUGGGAGUCUUUGGAAGUUUAUCGCCACUUGAAGGCUCUUGGUUACAUCGUUGGCCGACAUGGUAUCCCUUGGACUUCUAGGAGUACUAAAACUAAUUCCAUUGCUGAAAAUGAACUUGAUGUUACAAGUUGUAACAUGUCAAGUCACGGCAUUCUCAUUACUGAAAUGUUCGAUAGCUUGCAGUUUAGUGAAGUGAGACCAAAGUUCGAAGUUUACUCGCCUAAUAGCAAGUUUAAGAAGUCUUCUCCUGGAAGUCCAUGUUUUCUCCUCUGCCUUACCAGUGACCAUCCACCAUCCAAACAAGCGAUGGAGGACCUCGAGACACGUUAUGAAGGCAAUUGUAUAAAAUUCUGUUGUGUCGAGCAUGGGCGGGUCAGUUUCUUUUCAUUCACCAAAGUGGAACUUCCCGUCCUCCCAUGA